AUGGACGUGUUCCAGGAGAGUACGCCGGCAUAUAGUGGGCGGCUCUCACUUGAGGCUCAACUGAAAGAUUCAACGUUGCAGCCAUUCUUCCGCUGGUCAAACCGGUUCCAAUGGUUGCCAUGUGAGGUAGAAUUCACUAGACAGGAAUCCUCCAGUACAGAAGUACGCAUUACUUCGUACAUCAACAAUCUUCACCCCAAGAAUCGACAGGCAUAUGCAGCUAUUGAAAAGUUGAUUUCGCUUAGCGUGGAGCCUUGGAACAGCGUUUUGAUUAAGGACACAACCAGUCGCUAUCCGUUGCGAAUCAAGACAUACGGCUUUGAACAGAGUGAUAUGAAUGAUCGAUAUGAGCCUAAAAACCCAAAUCAUUACGAAUAUACUCUACCAGAUGGGCACUGGACCAACGAGACAUGGGACCGUUACAUUGUCCAAGUGCAGGAGUACCUUGCAUUACCCGAGCCUGGCUCGAAAUUUGAAAUAGUUGAUCAUGAUCCGUCACUGCCCAAAGAACCCGAGGAUCUACUCGGUGCGAUGAAACUGGAGAAGUUGUCAUGGCCAUCGGCAGAGGCACUCAGAGAAUUGUUGGAUUUCAAAUGGGGAAGAUUGCAUACCUUCAUUUAUCCACAGGCUGGCAUCUCUUACUCAUACGAGGAUUGGAAGAAGGGCAAAACGGCCAACCCCAUCAUUGAAAAGAGCAAGGGCCGUAGUGCUGCCUCCGCACCUAAUGGUUUGUUGGGUGAUCACAUGUACCAGACCAUUUGCCUGCAAGAUGAGUUCCGAGAGAAGGGCUUGCAAGUAGUCGUCCGCGUAUCUAGCAUUGAACUUACACCCGAAACCCCGGUCUACACCAGUGACAGCGACUUCCACGUUGAUGGUUUCCUCAAUGAGCAUAUUGUGGCGACCUCGCGAUACUACUACGAUGUUGAGAAUGUGAACUCGCGCAUCUCAUUCCAGCAGGAAGACGAUUUGAAUAUAUCGGACUACCCAGAGGAGCCCGAUGCCUUCCACAAGAUCUUCGGCAUUCCCUACUCUAUAGACUACUCGGAAUUCCAUCGCUUGGGUUUCCCCAAGAAGCUUCAAGCUCUGGGGUCUUUGGUGGCAAAGGAAGGUCGCUUCAUGGCCUGGCCCAAUACUCUGCGAUAUAAAACCGAGCCUGUUUCGUUGAAAGAUCAAUCGCGCCCGGGUCACCAACGGUGUGUUAUCGUAUAUUUGGUUGAUCCUCACUACCGCAUCUGCUCUACACGGAACGUGCCCCCGCAACGACAUGACUGGUGGCGCGAUGCUGUUCUUGCCACUGAAGGAGCACUUCCAGCAAAGCUGCCAGGAGAACUGGUUAAUCUCAUCAUGAGCAAAACUGACGAUUGGCCAAUGGGAUCAACUGAAGCGGCAAGGUACAAAAAGGAGGACAAAGAAGAGCGUGAUAAUGCCAUGAUAGCCCAAACUGCAAGGAUUGGUUAUCAUGACUUUGAAAUAUUUUAG